UCAGGUAACUUUGUAGUCUAUUGAUGGUGUUUUAUCAUCCAGAGUCUCCAAAUUAAGUAAUAUAUCGCUACACUGUGAUAUUAGGUUACAAUGUCUUUCAAAGACAUAAGAGGUUGCAACCGUAGAGUCUCUAAAGAGGACCAAGAGUUCUACGACUUGAAACACAGAGCAGCCGAGUAUUAUAGAGCAAACUCGGUUCCGCAGAAGAUAGAGGGUGUUUUGAAUCAGAUGUUCCUGGAAAGGCCUGAUGAUAUUUACGGUUAUGUGGCAAAUUACUUCUCACAACAUUCCGCAAAGGCCGUGAUAUGUAGAACAGAGGGAAAAGAAAUGUAUGAUGGGAACGGACAACCCUCAGCCCAGGCAAACGUGUAUUGUAUCAUCAGAAAUGAGGAGAAGUGUGUGUGCCGUGCCACUGUGUCCAGCUGCAUUGAGCCGGUGGCGGGUGAAAGUGACCAGACAGGGGCCGCUGGGGAAAACCAAAGACACGCGCUAGAGACUGCCCUGCACUGGAUCAACCAGCCAAUCAGCAACAUGCUCCAGGGUCUCGACCCCAACGACCAGGCCACCAUCGACAAGAUACUGAGUGAUUUCUUCUUGGCCCGUUUCCUGGAGAACGAGGAUGAAAAGAACAAGAAGAGAGAAGCGGAGGAGGCAAAGUUGGCUAAGUCGGCUAAGAACACCCCUACCCCGCCUCCUGCUCCUGCUCCUCCCACCCAAGGCAAGGAUAAGAAGGGAGGAGACAAAGGUAGGCCCGCCUACUGCCGGGGGAGGGAGGGUGAAAGGGGCCUUCUUUCUUUCUUUCACAUCUCCUUCUGUCCUCCCGUCCUCAUUCCCCCUCCCUCCUCAGGUAAGAAGAGUGUGUCUAUAGAGAAGAUCCUGCCCCCUGCAGAGCCCCCUGUGCCCGUGCUAGAGGGCUGCACAGCAGUGGGUGCCGUCUCUCUGGCCGUCGCCAAGUCUGCUGCCAGGGUUCAGGACAUGCCACUGUACCAGCACAUACGGGCACUGAGGAAAGACCAGACAGUCGGUGAUGUUGACAUCCCAUUUCCCAUGGUGACGGUGUUGAGUUGUGGUAAGGCGUCUCCGGGCAAACUCAACCUCCUGGAGGAAGUCCUAGUCAUCCCUGCAGCUGGACCGAGAGUCAGAGAUAGAAUCUCCAUGGUCCUUGAUCUGCAGAGGGAAAUUAAGAGAAUCCUGAACACUGCUUCAAAAACAGGGACCCUGGUGUUUCCUGUCACGGAUGAAGGUGCGUUGUUGGUGGGGUUUGAUCGCGCGGAGCAGUCACUGGACCUCCUGACUGAGGCGUGCAGCAACCUGCGGCUGACCCCAGGGAAGGACCUCCACUUCGCCCUGAGCUGCUCCGCCCACAGGCUCAUGGACUACUCUAAGGGGAAGUAUGAGGUGAUAGCCGGUACUCUGAAGUCUCCAGACGAGCUGGUGGAGGUGUAUGAGUCUCUGAUCAAGAAGUAUCCAGCCAUCUGCGCCCUCAUCGACCCCUUCAGGAAAGAGGACCUGGAACAGUGGGACAAUCUCAGCUGUGCGCUGUCUGAUCAGACCUGCUGCCUGAUCGCUAAUGCCGCUUUCGGCUCCCGCCCUUGUCUCUACGGUGAAGCAAGGCUCCUCCCACCAGGGGUCACAGGGGUCAUCCUGAAACACGUGAACGAGGCCACCAUUAGUGACCUCCUCCGUGCGACCUCAAAGGGCAAAGAUUCCUCCACCAUUCUGGAACAGUCUGGCCCGGAGGUGUGUGAUGACUACCUCGCAGAUCUGGCUGUGGGUCUGGGCGUUAAGUUUGUGAAGCUGGGUGGUCUGAGGGGCGGAGUUCGUCUGGCCUGGUACAACCGUCUGAUGGAGCUGGAGGAAGAGCUGGACAGGCAAGGCAUUCUGGGUAAGCCACCCCCUCUGCCUCUCCACCCGCCUCUAUACGCCCAACACCAGACAUCAUCCAUCCUCUCCACCCCUCUCUCUCUAUCCCCUCAUCCUUGCUCUCUCUCUUAUCCUCCACCCCUCUCUCUCUAUGCCCUCAUCCUUGAGUUCUCAGAGUACUGUGUUAAGCACUUGUGUGCUGACAGUGAGUAA